GGAGGAGCAGAGGAUGGAGAACUGACUGAAGGAGGAGGAGGAUCUAACAGGUAUGUGAGGAAAGACCUUUAGGGUUGUUUUAAAAGUUAGUAAAAUAUAUUUAUAUUAUAUUUAGAUCGAAUAUUAGAAUCGAUUUUAUAUCAGUAUAGAUUUUAUAUUGAGUAUAGAUUUUAUAUUAGUAUAGAUUUUAUGCCGUUUAGCUCAGAGAAAAACUUGACAGGCUCAGGUAAAGCAAAUGUAAGUGAAAGUUAAAGGUAAUCGUGGUGUUUGACGUUUUAAAAUCAUGAUUAUUUCUUCAUAAAACAACAACUAAUGAAUAAACAGAGGAUGUUUCUUCAUUAUUUUACCAACUUUAAUUAUCCAAAAACUUUACAGCAUUAAACCAACUUUAUUUUUUACAAACUACUUUGAGUUUUUUUGUCUUUAUAAACUGAGGUAGUGAUAUUUUUACGAAGCUCAAAUCUUCUUAUAGUUUUUUAGUUUUAUUCUUUAUUUGAGUGAAUUCAGCGUAGAUAAUCUGACAUAGAUAAUCUGACAUAGAGCUCCACAUUCCUGACCCAGCAGGAAUCUAGAGUCAGUGGGUUAGAGGAGAGGGGUCAAUGAACGUCAAAUAAACACAAAGUCUGCAGAAAUUGCAUAAUCCCAGUCCUAUCAAAUAAACUUUGGUCUUUAUAACCACAAUCAAAACAAAACAGCGAGUGUGUCAUUGGACCAGAGAGCGAACUUUGACCUCACAGACACUCAUUUAUGACUGAAGCCUCUGAAUCAUUGUUGGCUCUGUGUUAGUUUGCUCCUGUAUAGACAAGUAAAUCUUUGUGAAGAUAAGAUGAUGAUGAAUUCUCAGCGAGGUUUAAGACCUACUUUCACUGAAAACUGUCUAUCAGGGUUAAUAACUGACAUCUGUCCAAGAAAUCUGAAAAACGAAAGUCAAACUAAAGUCUUUACUGUAGACGAGCUAAAUAAGACUUCAGAGAGAAAUUUGAUGUCCACGAAAAAAGGAUUUAAAUAUUAAAGACUGAAGCCUGCAGAGGGUUCUCAUCCAUCUCCAUGUCAGCUGUUUUGGCAGGUGAUAAAUCCAGAUUGUGUCACAUAAAAACACAGUAAAUGUUAUCUGAGAAUUUUCAUUUUUAUGAGCGGAGGAUUUUCCUACGUGGGUUUUAAAGUUUUACAGGGAUGGGGUGACACAGGGUGAGGUACGGACCCUGAACAGGAGGUCUUUCUCCGCCCUCGCUCUCAGCCGUUGAGACUUCUGGAAAAGGGAAUUUCUGUCUUUUCACUAAACCUUAUUUCUGCAGUUACGGUAAAAAGGUUUGCUGCAUUUAUCCUCUAACAUGGGUUUGUUAUGGCGUUUAACACCUUGAGUAUCUAAAGGCCAAAUAUCAGUGACAUUAAGAAGAAAAUACUUGAAGCAGUUUUUGAUUCAAAGAUCUUCUUCUGUGUGAAUCUUUAGAAGUGCUCAGUAAUAAAGAACAUCAGGCGAACUACCUAAAGAGUGACCCUGACCGGUGUUUCCAUGACACCUGAUGGUCAUUUCUAUGUAAGAGCAUACACUCACGUUUACACGGCUCCACUAAGACACCGUGGUCACAGUGGAUAUCACAUAGCUUUCAGCAGAUCACUCCUGCUGCCCUCCACUCCCUCUGAAACUGAUCCCGCUGAGAAGAUUAGGAGUGGCAUGUGUGCAGUAAUCUGAGUCACAUGCAGCAAAGAGACGAGUUAGAUAUCUGCCGGAAACACGCGAAGGUACGAGGCAGGGUUACAGGAUCGAAGUUCUUCAGAGAAACUGGCCUGAAGAGUCCCGUGUGUGCAAACAUGUCGAAGAGUAAAGAUUUGUUAAAGUUAAAUUUACAGACUAUUAGCUCAUAUAAAGGCUGAACAUGCCUGAGAAACGUUUACAGAGCAUCAUGAAGAGUGACGUAAACAAACAGCCAUGUUGGUUUUUAACAAGGAACAAAAACUAUCCCUCAGUUUGGUCAGUUUUCUUACAAGUCCACACACAGACAGAUUUACCAUUAAAAUCCACUUUCUCUGUCUCCGUGGAGUCUGAACAUUUUAAUACUGGGACUUUAAAACGACUGUCCGCACGUCUAACUGUGAAUUUAAAAAGGCUUUUAAAAUGCAUUUAAAGAAAAACAAAGAGGGUUAAAGAGAAAAACACGAGGAGCUGAAGAAGUCUGUGCGGUACGUUCUCCAUGUUUCAGAUCUCCCGCGCUGCUCUGUGUUCAGUCAUGUUAGAGUCGACCAGGACCCACUUUAAUCCUUGGUUGACAUAACUGGGUGAUCUUAGUUUGGUUGUAAUCCUGAGCUAAUAGUAAACACAGCUAACCCUAAACUGGACCCGUUCACUUCCCCCUGCGGCGAGGUUUUUUUUGAGCCCGAGCCAAACGUUAGGCAAUAUUGUGUGGUUAUUUAUUUAAAGGAGUUUAAUGAUAGAGGAAGCCUCAGUUAUUUACAGGUUAGUUAAUCCAAACGUCUUUAAAAAGCAUCUCAUACUCCAGAAAAAGAGUUUAUUUCGGUGUUUUCCUGGUGGACUCAUCGGUGGAGCUUUUGUCCUUUUUUUACCGUAGUUUUUGUAAUACUCGCUGCCAAACAUAUACAGCAGUUUCUACGAGCAAGAGAGGCGAUCCAGUUUCCAAAGAAUGAACCUGCAGGUGUGAUUUUUCGAUAUUUUGAUGUUUUUUUAAUUUUAUUUUGAACGAAACAGUGACGACUUUUUUCAUGAUUUAGAAAAGUCAAGAAUGUUAUUCCAAGAAGAUCUGAACUGAACUCUGAUAUUUUUUUAUUUACAAAGACCCAAAAUUUAUCCAUCAUGACCAAAAAUCUAUUUGCAACAAGAUCUCAUCUAGACGUCUCUUUUAGAGGCUCAGCAGUGUUUUCUUUACCAACAUGAAAACCAACAAAGAUGGAGAACAGACCGUCUAAAAUCUGAGGAUAAUGAUCCAUAAAUGUUUGUGUAGUCAGAGUUAGUAAAAGAGUUGGAAUUGAACCCGGGAUAUAACCUCUUUUUUUACAGAGUGAAAUUAAAGAGCCGGCACCGCUGACCUCAGAGGACUCGAGUCCUAAGAUGCCCAAAAGUGACACCUGGCCGGGGGGCGUCGGGUUGGAGGCGAUGACGGGCGUGGACAGCGCUGGAAGCUGUGACAGCGUGGUCAGUGCCAACUCUGGAUUUGUAAGUAUCUGAGGAGGAUUUCAGCAGUUUUACCAGAGUCACUGUUGGACCGGGUGGACAGAGUACUAAAAUAUCAAAUUUUUGACUGAAGGAGGAGUGAAGUAAAAAUACUUGAGUUACAUUUUAAAACACAGUUUUACUCUAAUACUUUGAUGUUAUACACAGAAGGAGGAGCUGAGAUAAGACCCUGAAAUCAUGUGACCGAUCCGUGUUUAAAGAGAGUUUGUUCACACCGAACCAGGUGGAGGUUAUCGGAUAUUAUCCACGAGUGAGUGAUUGACACAGGAAAUCAGCCAAUCAGCUUGCAGUCGCUCUGUUGAUGGACAGCUUGUGUCUUUUCAGCGUUUCUUUUGUUUUACUUCGUAGUAAAGUUCUUCUCGUUGGAAACCUUCCUCCAUGUGUUGCAGAGUGAUGACAGCAUGGAGCACCUGUCUGCUGAAGAAAAGGCCUGCCUCAUGUUUUUGGAGGAGACCAUCGAGUCUUUGGACACUGAGGAGGACAGCGGACUGUCCAAUGACGAACCUGACCAGCUGCCCAGUCCGGGAAACCUCGCUACCAAACUGGCCGACCUGUCGGCCUCCAUGAACAGGAACAAGCUCAGCAGUGAGUCCACAGAUGUGGGAUUAGCUUCUCAGUCGUUAAUGAACUCAAAGCUUUGAGCAUCUAGAGAUGAACAUGUUCUUGUUUGUCUUUCAGAUUCACCUAAAAAAGCCUCCAAAGAAACUCCAAGAAAAGAAAAUGGUGACGUCAAGAUCAUGCAGAGCUACCUGGUUCCUACACCUCUCAUUAUGGCAGGCAGCUCUCCAAGUACUGAACCCAGGGUUAAUCCAGGUGUUCCCAAAGACAGGAACCUCACCUCCAAAUCUCAGGUCACAUCUUCAAGCAAAGAGCUUGUUCACAAGGACGCCCAGAAACCUGUUGCUCCACAACUACCUUUGGAAAUUAACGUCGUGAUUUCUCCUUCCAACAAACCGGUCGAACGCCCCGUUAAGACGCCCGAAGGUCCUUUACCUCGAGGCCCCCUGUCCUAUGAGGCCCUUUUUUACCUUCGCAGGACCGCCUCCACCAAGAAGACACCUUUAUGCCCCACAAUUGAUCACACCAUCGAAUCAGACAAGCAACGUCCCGCCACAGCAGAAGGUCAAAACCAGAAUCCGACCAAGUCUGUCAGAUUUCACCCUGAGGUUUCCAUUUCCAGGACAAGUCCUCCAGUGGUGGCCCCCAAACCCCCAAAGAUUCCUGGGAAUGUCAGUGUGAAAACACAAAAACAACCGUUUGUUAAAGACUCCUUAUUCAACAUGAAGCAUGCGACAGAUCCUGAGGUGGUGAGGAUGGAGGCUCUGCAGAAACUGGGUCUACUGAAGGACCAGGAGAACACCAGAGGAGCAGCUCUGUCCGCCCCUCAAUCCUUUUCUACGCUGAACCGAACAUCUCAUGGAUUUACCGGAGGUCCCUCUCCAUCAAGGAGCCCCUCAUUUUCUCAAGUGAAUGUCGAGCCAAAGACCAAGCCUCUGCAGAGCAGCGCCAGUUUCCAUCACCCCCCCAGAACUGAUCAACAGCCUGUGUUUGUCUCAAAUCCACCUCAAUCCACCGGAGUCAAGGCGGCCGGUCUGGUGCGCUCUAAUACUCUGGGCAACCACAGGUUUGCCGGAAACGACCCCGAACUACCACACAACACGAAGUCAACGUCAGCGCAGUCGUCGCCCAGUAAGAGCUCGAACACGGUCCCGUACACGGUGAUGAUGGUGCCUGGGAUGGGGGUUGAUCGGAGGGAAGCUCUGAGGAAACUGGGACUGCUGAAAAUCUGAACAGAUGAGCAGCAGAAGUCCGUCUGCUCAGAUUAGAGGAGCGUCAGAUUAAGAAGAAGGCUUUAGGGGGAACUUGGCACUCUGCACUUUGGUGAACUGGAGCAGAUGAAGAAAGGCCGUACCGACAUUAUCAUGUAGGACGUAGUCACUGGUUUACAUGGAGGUAGGUUUUUCCAGCAGUGUGGACUCUAGAAAAAGAACCGUACAUGAGUUCAUCAAACACAAACUACAGCAGUCACUGGUUUCUGUCUCCUCCCACUAUAACAAACCACUGACUGUAUACUGGGCUGGACAGACACUACAUUUGACCAUCCAUGUACCAUCUGUUAACAUGGAGGAGGCAGACUUUUCCACCUGUACCACAGCCAGCCAAUGGGGGAAGCUCCCAGUGUUUUGUCUUCACUGUUGGGGAGCCAUCAUGUCGUCCAUCUUCUGAUACUGUGUCUGUGUCUGUGUACAGUCUGAAAACCCACCUUUGGGUUCAACUUUGACUCUUGAUGUUGUUAGAAAUAAUGAGUUUUUAUCGACCAUCAUAUGGACGGGUCCUACAGCUGGAUCGGUAACUGCACUUCCAUAAAGACACGUGUUUAUACAGAUGAACAAAAUCAUCAAAUUCAGUCUAUUGAUGGUAAAUAAACUCUCUCCGCUCAGAGAGACAAAGCUUCCUGAUAAACUCGCCGUCAUUACUAAACGGAAACACGAUAAACACCAAAUACGCUGUGUCACCAAAACACUGAUUAAAGGAACACACACUCAGUAACUUCUACUCCAGGAUAAUGUCGACUCAGAUCAACCAGGUUUGAAACAUGAGCUCUGUCCGGACAACAAGAGAUUAUCUGCUGACUCUAAUCUGCUGGAAACCCGCUGUGGAUGGAGGAGGAGGAGGAGGAGGAGCUUUAAUCUGUCAUCAUGACUCUUCAGUCCACCAGGAUGUUCUUGGACGUAUCCACAACAUCGAUCACAAAACCUUUGUCUGUAUUAACCUGUUAAAGUCGAGGCUACAAACGCCGUCCUCCUCGCUGUGACUCGCUGACAUGUCCACGCUCUGCUCUUUUAGAUUGAUUCCUAAUUCACGAACGUGCCUGUCAGUGAAAAUGUGAAAAUCAAGAGUAAAUUUCUGAACCAAUCCUUAAAAAAAAUAAGAAAACUAAGAAGUAUUCCCAUCGUGUCUGUACAUCGAACUUAAAGGAACGAUUUCUGUCACUUGUCUGUUUCUGUAAUUAUUUUACACGUUUGAAAUCGAUCAGCUGGUUUGGAAAUGAGUGGAAAAUGCCUUGAGUGUCUAAAUGUGGAGACGAAGAUCUAGAAUGAAAAUCUGUGAAGUGGUCGUUUUAUACUUAGCUGUGAGAAUAAAUGAGAGUGGAUCAAAAAUA